GUAGGGCUGACGUACUAGGAAGUGUCUUGAAGACAACACAACUGCAGCUGGCUAAUCAGCAGUCAUCGGCGUGUUACUAUGGCCAUAACAGAACAAAUACAGCGACACUUGACACUCUUUCUCUAGAAAGUUUAGCUCCAAAAAGAGCGAACAGGUAUUUUUUUAUCAUUCAUUCUUACACUUGGGAGGCCUCUACAAUGUCUUCUGGCUGUCCACCGCAGUCACCUGCUGUGGCAAAGUCUGAGGUAGCAAUAGAGGGAGAAUGCCCGCUGCUGGCUGCCACCUUUGCCUACUGGGACAACAUCCUGGGUCCGCGGGUGCGCCACAUCUGGGCACCGAAGGGUGACCAGUUCAUGUUCCUCAGUGAUGGAGACGUCACAUUUCUGGCCAAUCACACACUGAACGGGGAGAUUCUGCGCAGUGCUGAGUGUGGCGCUGUGGAUGUGAAGUUCUUUGUCCUGGCAGAAAAGGGCGUCAUCAUCGUGUCUCUCAUCUUCGACGGCGAGCUGAAGGGGGACAAGAACACGUGUGCCUUGUCCAUUAUCCUGCCUCAGACAGAGCUGGCCUUCUACCUGCCUCUGCACACCAUCUGUGUGGAGAGGCUAAAGCAUGUUAUCCGCAGGGGACGCAUUUGGAUGCAGAAGGGCUACAACAUCAUCUCAGUGCUGAGCUUGGAGAUUGUCCCUAUCAUGGAGCUGUUGGCCUCUAUGAAGACAUACAGUGUUCCAGAAGAUAUAGACAUAAAAGACACCGUGCUAAAUGAUGAUGACAUCGGGGACAGCUGCCACGAGGAUUUCCUCCACAAGGCCAUCAGCUCUCAUCUGCAGACUUGCGGCUGUUCAAUAGUGGUUGGAAGCAACCCAGAGAAAGUAAAUAAGAUCGUGCGGACCCUCUGCCUCUUCCUCACCCCGGCCGAGAGGAAGUGCUCUCGCCUCUGCAAGGCCGACUCUUCCUUCAAAUAUGACACAGGCCUGUUCGUUCAGGGUCUGCUCAAGGACUCCACAGGCAGCUUCGUCCUACCCUUCCGCCAGGUGCUCUACUCUCCUUACCCCACCACGCACAUCGACGUCGACAUCAACACAGUCAAGCAGAUGCCGCCGUGCCAUGAGCACACGUACAACCAGCGGCGCUACAUGCGAUCGGAGCUGAGCGCGCUCUGGAAGACAGACAGCGAGGAGGACAUUCCCCCCGACACAGUCAUUCACACUGACGAGACCUUCACUCCUGACCUGAAUAUAUUUCAAGACGUGAUGCAUAAAGACACUUUGGUGAAGUCCUUCAUAGAUGAGGUGUUCAUGCUGAAGCCAGGCCUGUCCCUGCGGAGCACCUAUCUGGCGCAGUUCCUGCUGCUGCUCCACAGGAAGGCCCUCGCACUGCUCAAGUACAUCGAGGACGAAACGCAAAAAGGUAAGAAGCCGUUUCGAUCCUUGCGAAACUUAAAGACGGACCUGGAUCUGACAGUGGAAGGAGACCUGCACAUUGUGAUGGCCUUCGCUGAGAAGCUGAGGGCAGGACUGCACUCGUUUGUGUUUGCAAAGUCAAUGUACACCAGCAUGCAGGAACGAGACGUACUCAUGAGCUUCUGACUGCGUUCUUCACCUGCGCUUUAUGUAUUGGACGGUUAAUGGAAACAGACAUUUUGUCGUCUUGUUUUAUUGUUACAUGAAUGCAUGCACAUGCCUGCUCUUUGAGACAACCAUUAGCCUGGAUAUUUAUUUUGCUUUGCUGAAAACGAAAAAAACAAACCUUCCUUUUGUGUCUUGAUCAGUACAAGUCAUAAUUUAAUUUCAAAGAUGUAUUGUUACUGCUGUUAUGAGCCAUUAGAAUUAAAGUUUUGAUAUAUUGCCUUGAUCAACUGUAAGCAUAAUGUGAGGUUAAUGUUUUUAGAAGACUUAAAUUAUUCUCUGCAGGAUGAAUUAUUCAUGUGUUCUAUGCCUUCUGUUAAUUGAGGGUCUGUAUUAAUUUAUGGUGUUAAAAUUGGCUGAGUUGCCCACCAGGACAAUUUAAUUAAAAGUUAUAUUUAUUAAAACACGA